UCCUACUUCCUACCAAACCUUGAGAUGGCCUUGUUGCAGUUGUUGCCUGCCAUCGUUGUGGUAGCUUCCUUGCUGCACGCCGCAGCGGCCACCGGCAACGAGACGAGCAGCAACACGAGCUGCGCGCCGGCGACGUGCGGGAACGUGACCAUCAGGUACCCCUUCUCGCUCAGCGGCGUGCAGCCGCCGUACUGCGGCUACCCACUCUUCGAUCUCAUCUGCGACGCCGGAGCUGGCCGAGCCUACCUCGGCAGGACGUUCCGGGAGCACCUGUACCGCGUGGACAAUAUAUUCUACGACAACAGCUCGCUGGUGGUGGCCGUGCAGACCACCUUCGCCGGCGACGCCGGCUGCCCGGUCCCGGAUUUCAACGUGUCGUCCAGCCUCACUCCCUACCCUUACACCAUCAGCAGCAGCAACAAGAGACUCGUCUUCGUCUAUAACUGCUCGCUCCCUGAACAAGUUCUACUGCCAGGAACAUGUGCAGACCUCAACAUGGGAUCUUACAUCUCCGGUCAGUGGAACAGCACAUCACCGGCCCCAGCGGAAAUUCCAGGGAACUGCAGCUCCGUCAGCGUGCCGGUGAGUGGGUUCCAAUUCCAGGGAACUGAUGCUGUCCUGCACGGUGAUGUCUCUGUUAAUGGACCCGAUGUCUUGUACGUUGGGGAAGCCCGUGGAUUUAGUAAUGCAUCCAUUGGUGCGAGGAGGCCGGCGAAUCAACAGUACGAGCGGUUGAUCAGUGAUGGGUUCCUCUUGGAGUGGCAGAAGCCGGUAACAGGAGAUCUAGAUUGCGAUGCGUGCAGGGGGAGUGGCGGAGAGUGCAGGUUCGUUCAGUUUUCGUUCCGGUGCAUCUGCCCCGAUGGGUUGCUCUGCUUGGGUUCAGCAUCUCCAAAUAGGAAUCAUCAGAAGCCCAGAAUAAUUUUGAUAGGUAUGUCCUCCGUUGAUGAAUAAGCCACCUGGGCAUGUAAAUAAUCCCAUGAUUCAUCUGGUGCACCAGCUCCAUUCCAUGCUUUAUUAUGAUAAAAAAUGACUAAUUCUAGCGACAUUUCUUAUAGUCUCAGAUUGUUAAAUCUCGUAUUUUGGAAUGCAACUAAAUUAAUAUUUUGGCAUAAUAAAAUUUUCAUUUUUUUGUGACU